CUGCGCCCGCAGCUCCGGCGGGAGGUCGAUCCUCCUGAGGAAAAGAAUUGCGUUAAUUAUCUCCUUCCUUUAAUGAGGACUGGGCUGUGGUUCAGACGAACCACGCCCCAGUAGAAAUUAGAAUUCAUCCGCGGCCCACUCAGAAUCGUUCUCCGCUUACCACGCCACGGCCACCCGCACUUCAACCCCCAGCAGGCGUCGCGGCACAGCGUCUGACUUGCGCAGUAGCGUCCGUUAUAAAGUGCUAUGACAACAGGGCGAAGAUGGCUUGGAGUUAGGCUGGAGUGGGGAGAUGUCCCUUCCGCCGAGGCUGUCGGUUUUCUGCUUCAUCCCGCUCACUGUCGGCGCCUCCAUGGUUUCCUCCUUGUGAGCAACAGGACUUGCAGUUGUUCUCGUCUGUGUAGUCUUUCCGAGGGAUAGAUGCCGUUUCCUCCGUUGUCUCUGGGGGUGACAGGGAGCGCAGGGGAGCUUCUUGGGGAAAUCUCUCCAACUCGUGCUGCCUGUUGGGACUCGCUCUUUGCCUCAGACGUGGAACAGAUUCGAACAGGAGAACGAGAGGAAGUAGUGAAGAGUGAAAGAAAUGUCUUUAUUUAAAGCCCGUGAUUGGUGGUCUACUGUUCUGGGAGAGAAAGAAGAAUUUGAUCAAGGCUGUUUGUGUUUGGCUGAUGUUGAUAAUAGUGGAAAUGGACAAGAUAAAAUAAUUGUGGGUAGCUUUAUGGGAUACCUAAGAAUCUUCAGUCCCCAUCCUUUAAAAACAAGAGAUGGAGCUCAAGCUGAAGAUUUGCUUCUAGAAGUACAUCUGCAAGAUCCAAUACUUCAAGUGGAAGUAGGAAAGUUUGUAUCAGGUACAGAAAUGCUCCAUUUGGCUGUAUUGCAUUCUAGAAAACUUUCUGUCUACUUUGUCUCAGGAACCUUGGGUAAUGUGGAACAUGGGAACCAAUAUCAGAUCAAAUUGAUGUAUGAACACAAUCUUCAGAGAACAGCCUGCAAUAUGACUUAUGGAUCAUUUGGUGGUGUAAAAGGUCGAGAUUUAAUUUGUAUCCAGUCUAUGGAUGGGAUGCUGAUGGUGUUUGAACAAGAAAGCUAUGCUUUUGGGAGAUUUCUCCCUGGUUCUCUUCUGCCUGGCCCUCUUGCUUAUAGUUCCCGUACGGAUUCCUUCAUUACUAUCUCUUCCUGCCGAUUAGUGGAAAGUUAUAAGUACCAAGUACUUGCUUUUGCAACGGAUGCAGAUAAAAGGCAGGAGAUUGAACAGCAAAAACUUGGUUCUGGAAAAAGACUAGUUGUGGAUUGGACUCUAAAUAUUGGAGAGCAAGCCCUUGAUAUAUGUAUAGUCUCUUUCAAUCAGUCAGCAUCUUCUGUUUUUGUUCUUGGAGAGAGGAAUUUUUUUUGCCUUAAGGAUAAUGGACAAAUUCGAUUCAUGAAGAAGCUUGACUGUAGCCCGAGUUGUUUUCUCCCAUAUUGCUCAGUUUCUGAAGGAACAAUAAAUACUUUGAUUGGAAACCACAAUAACAUGUUGCAUGUUUAUCAGGAUGUGACACUUAAGUGGGCUACUCAACUUUCCCACAUUCCUGUAGCAGUAAAAGUUGGCUGUUUGAACGAUUUAAAGGGAGUUAUAGUCACUCUGAGUGAUGAUGGUCAUCUGCAGUGUUCAUAUCUAGGGACAGACCCUUCUCUGUUCCAAGCUCCAAAAGUUGAAUCUAGAGAACUAAACUAUGAUGAACUUGAUAUAGAAUUGAAAGAACUUCAGAAAAUCAUCAAAGAUGUUAACAAAUCACAAGGUGUUUGGCCCAUGACUGAGAGAGAAGAUGACUUGAAAGUUUCUGCUGUGGUUUCUCCUAACUUUGAUGCAGUGUCUCAAGCCACUGAUGCUGAAGUUGGAACUGACAUUGUCCCUUCCAUCACAGUGAAGAUCACACUGCAGAAUCAAGUGGUAUUACAGAAAGCCAAACUAUCAGUCUAUGUGCAACCACCAUUAGUAUUGACUUGUGAUCAGUUCAAUCUUGAAUUUAUGACACCAGAGAUGACUAGAACAGUGGUUUUUUCUGUUUAUCUGAAAAGAAGUUAUACACCAUCUGAACUGGAAGGAAAUGCUGUUGUUUCUUAUACCAGACCAACAGAUCGAAAUCCUGAUGGCAUUCCUAGAGUUAUCCAAUGUAAAUUUAGACUUCCCCUGAAAUUAAUCUGCCUACCAGGUCAGCCUUCAAAAACUGCAAGCCACAAACUAACUAUUGAUACCAACAAAUCUCCAGUCAGUCUUCUCAGUCUCUUCCCAGGUUUUGCCAAUCAGUCAGAUGAUGAUCAGGUGAAUGUAAUGGGUUUUCGCUUCUUGGGAGGUUCCCGAAUUACUGUUCUUGCUUCCAAAACUUCUCAACGAUACCGCAUUCAGAGUGAACAGUUUGAAGAUCUUUGGCUUAUAACAAAUGAACUUACUCUUCGCCUUCAAGAAUAUUUUGAAAAGCAGGGAAUCAAAGAUUUUGCCUGUUCUUUUUCUGGCUCUAUGCCUCUCCAAGAAUAUUUUGAGUUGAUUGAUCAUCAUUUUGAGUUGCGGAUAAAUGGUGAAAGAUUAGAAGAACUCUUAUCUGAAAUAGCCAUACAAUUUCGGGCCAUUCAACGUCGGCUUUUAACAAGGUUCAAAGAUAAAACACCUGCUCCUCUCCAACACCUGGACACUUUGCUAGAUGGAACUUACAAGCAGGUAAUCGCUGUAGCAGACGCGCUAGAGGAAAACCAGGACAAUCUGUUCCAGUCAUUUACCAGACUGAAAAGUGCCACCCAUUUGGUGAUUCUGCUGAUCAGGCUGUGGCAGAAGCUCAGCGCUGACCAGAUUGCUAUUCUGGAGGCAGCAUUUCUGCCGCUGCAGGAAGAUACUCAAGAAUUGGGAUGGGAAGAAACGGUGGAUGCUGCCAUUUCCCACCUGUUGAAGACUUGCCUGUCAAAGAGUUCAAAGGAGCAGGCUUUGAACCUCAACAGCCAGCUGAACAUACCCAAAGACACAAGCCGACUAAAAAAACAUAUCACCUUGCUGUGUGACAGAUUAGCCAAAGGAGGCCGUCUCUGCUUAAGUACUGACGCGGCAGCCCCGCAGACCAUGGUCAUGCCAGGUGGCUGUGCUACAAUCCCAGAAUCGGAUCUAGAGGAACGAUCAACAGAACAAGACUCCCCAGAACUGUUUACCAACCACAAGCACCUCAUUGCAGAGACACCUACUCCUGAAGUUUUACCCCUCCAAGGAGUGUUGGAAUAAUCCAGGUGGAGUUGUUUGGUUGAGAGGAAAAUGCCCUUCCCAAGGCUACACCUGUGUGGACCUCAGGUGAAGCAGAUGGAGGGCUGACCCAGGUGCUUCAUAAAGCUGACCUUCCCAGAGAUGGCAUUACACAGAGAUGGAAAUCGAACUUUUAUUUUGCUAGAAAUACCAUGAGCAAGUCAGUUGAAACUUGUCUUGCCAGGAGACAGGAGAUGAGGUUGCUGGCUUUCGUCAUCUGCAUGCUUCUAGUCACAGGAUAUAGCAAGAUGGUAUAGUUUUGGGACAGACUUUAUAAUGCAGAGAUCCAGAGAUCCAAAAUAAUUUGAUACCCCAUUUUUUUCACAGACUUCUUAUAUAGUAAAUGUAUCAAGUUUAAUAAAGCAUCUCAUUGUCAAAAUAUAUCUUGAAUUCGAUUUGUAAUCAGAGGGAUAGUGAUUGCUCUACUUUAUUUCUUCAAAGGAAAGGAAUUGGAAAUGUUGCCACUCCAUGGUAAGACUUGAAUGUGAUAUUUUCGAAAUAAAAGAACUGCUACAAAACUUACAUAUGAUUUGCUCUAUUAGUCUAAAAGUGGAAGAAGGUAAGUGGUUGUAUGAAACUGUUAAAAUAGUUUCAAGGAAGUUAGUACAUUAACAUCCUCUUUUCAAUGAGUAACACCUUUUUUAAAAAUCCAGGUUGAAAAGGAUUCAUAUUUUAUUACAAUUAAAACUUAAGGUUUUUAUAUUUAAGAAAUAAAAGAGGUUUUUCCAAUUUCAAGUUAGAAUUACAGUUAUAAGGCUGAUUUAACAAAAAUAUGUCUAUGCCGAUUU